CCAAGUCGAUCGUUUCACGAGCUGUUACUCUCUCGUCGUCUGCGCUAAAGUGCAGAGGUAACUAAACGAACCAUUACCAAUAGCAGCAGAAAGCCGCGUAUACCCCCGGGGAGACGAUCGCCUUCCAUAGCCCAUAAAGGACUGGCCACGAUGGCCAACAGCGGCGCCCCCGUCCAGCCGCCGCCGCCGUCCCCCCCGAAGUUCAAACCCUACCGCCACCUCAAAACCCUGACUGGCCACAGCCGGGCGGUCUCGUGCGUCAAGUUCUCCAACGAUGGCACCCUCCUCGCCUCCGCCUCCCUCGACAAGACCCUAAUCAUCUGGUCCUCUUCCUCCCUCUCCCAACUCCACCGCCUCGUCGGACACUCCGACGGCGUCUCGGACCUCGCCUGGUCCUCUGACUCGCAGUACAUCUGCUCCGCCUCCGACGACCGCACCCUCCGCAUCUGGUCAGCCCGCCCCCCCUUCGAUUGCCUCAAAACCCUAAAGGGCCACGCCCACGCCGUCUUCUGCGUCAACUUCAAUCCCCAGUCCGAACUCAUCGCGUCGGGCUCGUUCGACGAGACGAUUCGCGUUUGGGAGACGAAGACCGGGAGGUGCCUGAACGUGAUCAAAGCUCACUCGAUGCCCUUGACCUCCGUCCACUUCAACCGGGACGGGUCUCUCAUCGUCUCAGGGAGCCACGAUGGUUCCUGCAAGAUCUGGGACACCCAAAACGGCACCUUGUUGAAGACAUUGAUUGAUGAUAAAGUCCCAGCCGUGUCCUUCGCCAAGUUCUCGCCCAAUGGGAAGUUCAUACUUGUUGCUACUCUCAAUAAUACCCUUCAGAAACUGUGGAAUUACUCGACGGGAAAGUUCCUCAAAAUCUACUUGGGUCACCAGAACAGUUCUUACUGUAUAAUGUCCACAUUCUCGGUGACCAAUGGGAAGUACAUCGUUAGCGGGUCAGAGGAUCACUGUGUUUGCAUAUGGGAUCUUCAAGGGAAGAAUAUGUUACAGAAACUUGAAGGGCACAAAGAUACAGUUAUCUGUGUCACCUGCCAUCCAACUGAGAACAAGAUUGCUUCUGCAAGCCUCGAUAAUGAUAGAACGGUGAGAGUAUGGGUUCAAGAGAGAUGAAGUGUUCUGAGAAUGACUGGCUGAUCUUCAGAGCUAAGUAUGAUCAGAUGGUUUUAUCAUGCUGGAGGACGAUUUUAUCCCUCUUCAUUUGGUCUGUCGCUACUUCAUGGAAGUCAGAUACUCUCUUCAGGUUUGAUAGUAGCCCAAGAAAAAAAUGUCUUUGAAGCUGUACUUUAUCAGAGUGAAGGAAAUCUCAGAGAAGAUAUAACCAUUGGAAUUCGUCGCGGUGCAUAUUGAUUAUAAGUGUGACCUUAUAUUAAAGAAAAACAGGUGGAAGGAGGUUGUACUUUUGACUCUCCUAUUCUUUCAGAAGCAGAAUUCGUUAUAACUUAUGUAGCUGAGAUAUUAAAGAGAGAUAACUUGGUGUAGAGGCUUGCUAGUUCUCCGUGCAAGCGGAUCUUUACAUGUAAUAUACAUGUUUUCUGAUCAAAAUGCAAGUAUUGGCUUGAAUUGAUUUUAUUGAUUUGAUCUUCAUUGA